UGGGCUGAAGACGUCCCAUGUCGCACCGCAAGUUCUCGGCUCCCCGCCACGGCCACCUGGGCUUCCUCCCGCACAAGAGGAGCCGGCGGCACCGAGGGAAGGUGAAGACGUGGCCCAAGGACGACCCCAGCAAGCCGGUGCACCUGACGGCUUUCCUGGGCUACAAGGCUGGCAUGACGCACACCCUGCGGGAGGUGCACAGGCCUGGGCUCCGCAUCUCCAAGAGGGAGGAGGUGGAGGCAGUGACCAUCAUCGAGACCCCCCCCAUGGUGGUGGUGGGAGUCGUGGGGUACAUAGAAACGCAGCGGGGCUUGAGAAAUUUCAAGACCGUGUUUGCUGAGCACAUCAGCGACGAGUGCAGGCGCCGCUUCUACAAGAACUGGCACAAGAGCAAGAAGAAGGCCUUCACCAAGUACUGCAAAAAAUGGCAGGAUGAGGAUGGCAAGAAGCAGCUGGAGAAAGACUUUUCAGCUAUGAAGAAGUACUGCAAGGUCAUCCGUGUCAUUAUGCACACCCAGAUGAAGCUGCUCCCACUGCGGCAGAAGAAAGCCCACGUGAUGGAGAUCCAGGUGAACGGCGGGACAGUGGCGGAAAAGGUUGACUGGGCCCGCGAGAAGCUGGAGAAGCAGAUUUCUGUGCACAGCGUCUUCAGCCAGAACGAGAUGAUCGAUGUCAUUGGUGUGACCAAGGGGCACGGGAUGAAAGGGGUGACGAGCCGCUGGCACUCCAAGAAGCUCCCCAGGAAGACGCACAAGGGCCUACGCAAAGUCGCCUGCAUCGGAGCCUGGCACCCGGCCCGGGUUGGCUACUCCAUUGCCCGGGCUGGCCAGAAGGGCUACCACCACCGCACCGAGCUCAACAAGAAGAUUUACCGCAUUGGCCGCGGGAUCCACGUGGAGGAUGGCAAACUGGUGAAGAACAACGCCUCAACGAGCUACGACAUGACAGAGAAGUCCAUCACCCCGCUGGGUGGCUUUCCUCACUAUGGGGAGGUCAACAACGACUUCCUGAUGCUGAAGGGCUGUGUUGUGGGCACCAAGAAGCGAGUGCUCACUCUGCGGAAGUCCCUUCUGGUGCACACAAGCCGCCGCUCUCAGGAAGUCAUUGAUCUCAAGUUCAUUGAUACCACUUCCAAGUUUGGCCACGGCUGCUUCCAGACGCCGCAGGAGAAGCGGGCAUUCAUGGGUCCUCAGAAGAAGCACUUGCUGAAAGAGAAGCACGGGCAGCAGGAGCUGUAA